AUGACAGGUGGAAGAGAGAUUCUUAACAAGAUGAAGGAAAAGGCGUGUUUUUCCACACCAGUCACACCCGAUGCUAAAAAAGGCAAAGCCAAACACUCGAAGCGGAUUACUCAUGGAUCCCAUCUCGUGAAAGGAAAAGCAAAUCAUGCCAUGGAAGAUUGUUUGGUUUCCGAAUUUAAGAUUUUGGGCGACAAUGAGUUGGGUCUUUUUGCCAUAUUUGAUGGGCAUAUGGGGCACGAUGUUGCAAGAUACUUGCAAGACCAUUUGUUUGACAAUAUUCUGAAGCAGAAUGAAUUUUGGUCCGACACAAAGAGUGCGCUUAAAAAUGCGUAUGAGGCAACGGACAAGGAAAUAUUAGAGCAAUCGUUCCACUUGGGGAAGGGUGGGUCGACAGCUGUUACCGCAAUAUUGAUCAAUGGCCACAUGCUCGUGGUAGCAAAUGUUGGGGACUCUCGAGCUGUUAUAUCUAGGAAAGGUGUUGCCAAACAACUGUCUAUUGAUCAUGAGCCGAGCAAGGAAAAGAAGUUGAUCGAGAGCAAAGGUGGAUUUGUAUCUAACAUUCCAGGUGAUGUCCCUAGAGUUGAUGGCCAGUUGGCAGUUGCCAGGGCAUUUGGUGACAAGAGCUUGAAGAGACAUCUUAGUUCUGAGCCUGAUAUUGCAGUUGAGACAAUAGAUGAUGAUGUCGAGCUCGUCAUUUUAGCUAGCGAUGGCUUGUGGAAGGUCAUGUCCAACCAGGAAGCUGUGGACUCGAUAAAAAACAUUAAGGACUCGCACUCAGCAACAAAGCAUCUUAUCGAAGAGGCCGUUUCGAGGAAAAGCAAGGAUGACAUCUCAUGCAUUGUUGUGAGGUUUCAUUAA